AUUUAUAUGAUAUUGCAAAGUCAUGUCACAAAUUUGUAAAUAUAUAUAAUUUCAAAAACGUUAUAAAUAAAUAUAUAUAUAUAUAUACACACACAUAGAAAAUAAAAUAGAUAUAUAAAUAUAUAGAAAAUAUAGGAUAAUUCACGUAAUCGUAGUUUCGAUUCUACUUGUAUUGUAAUAAACUUUUCUAACAACGCAAAAUCAUUUUAUUAGAUUCAUUUUUAUGGAUAAUAACAGCGAACUGCAAAACGAUAUUUAGCUUGAUUGAUGUUUCGUAAGACUAUUUAAAAAUAAAUAAAAUGUCUCCCCGGGCGUACGUCUUACCGUGUUUUGCUGAUUUUCGGAAUUCACUUCCUUAGAUUAAAGUCUUUACGAUGAGACUCUCGUGGCGCGACGCAGAUAGGGAUUUUAGGAAACAUUUACCAGGUGGUGAAACCACAGAACGUCACCUAACAGAAACCUUGCAUUCUGUAAAAACUGGUUUCAAACCACUGCCUGGUUUUGAUCCAGAGCGGGAUGAUCUCGAGUAUUAUCGUGCACAACAAGAAAUUGAUUGUGAUGAAGUAUAUCCUGGAAUAUAUAUAGGAGAUGCUGCCACAGCAAAAAAUAAAAGUUAUCUCAAGAUGCUUGGUAUAACACAUUUACUUAAUGCUGCAGAAGGGAAGACAUUUGGAUUUGUAAAUACUGGUAAAGAUUAUUAUGUAAAUACAACAAUAAAAUAUCUUGGAUUAUCACUGGCUGAUCAUCCAACUGUUGACAUAAGCAAGUAUUUCCACACUGCAGCGUCUUUUAUCGAUGAAGCUGUUUCUAGUAAUGGUAAAGUUUUUGUUCACUGUAUGCUGGGAGUAUCUCGCAGUGCAACGUGCGUCUUAGCAUACUUGAUGAUAAAGAAGGAUAUGUUGGCUGUUGACGCAAUACGGAUAGUCCGUGAAAAACGCGAUAUUCAUCCAAAUUAUGGAUUUCGCAGUCAGUUAGCUCAACUGGAUAAUCAACUGCGUCGACAACGUUUAUAAUAAAAAGAAAAAAUUUUAAUCGAAGCUCUUUGGAAUUUGUUCUCUGCCUCAUCAAACAAAGACGAUUCAAUUGGAGAUCACCUUCCUUCUUGUUUACGUCUUGCGAUGUUUACAUAUUCGAUACAUGGAGGACUAAUCCCUUUGUAUUACAAUAUGUACAAUCUACAAUUUAGUUCAGUAAGUUGGUGGGAUCACGAUAGACUGUUUCUCUGAUAUGUUAAACGACAAUAAAUUAUUAUUAUAAUAGAUUAUUAAAUCAUUAUUAGUUCACUAAUUUAAUUUUAUUUUAUUAUUGCUAUUAAUUUACAUUAAAUUUCGUGUCCGUAUUAAUAUCAUGAAUCGAAAAAUUUUGGUACGCGAAUUUUUUCAUUUUGAUAGUAACAAAAGUGAGAGUGAAAUGAAUUGAAAUUUGAAGAAUUACGAAUUUAAAAAAAAGUAUAUGGUUAUGAGCCAUUUAAAAAUAUCUAGAAAAAAAAAAAAGGGAGAAAUUUGAGGAUUAAAUAGUAAUAAAAAUAUCUGUGAUAGAAGAAAAACAUUUUUCGUUAAAUUCUCUACAAAAAAGUGACAUAUACAUAUGUUAGAUUUGUUAGAAAAAUAAUCUCAAAUCUAUACUUGAUUACAAAUCAUUUUAAGUUCUUACAGAACAAAUAUUCAAAGAGUUAAAUAUAUUAGUAAUCAUUUCAACAAAUAUAAUGGAUUCUUAAAAAAUAUGGUUUUAAAAAAUGUGAUUAAAAAGUCAUGUAAAUAAGGAAUGAUUUCGUUAAAAAUAGAUACAGCUACAAGGUAUGACUAAGCGAUACUACGAAUUAAUGUUCAAAUAAUCCAAAAUAAGUAAAUUCAAAUAUAUACGAUGGCGAUAAAAAAAGCUUUAUGAGACAUAUAACCGAUAAUUUAAAAGAGAGUUUCGAAAAUGUUUUGAAUAAAUUUAAUACUUAAAAAAUUCUGCUCGUUGUCCGUAGCGAUAAUUGAAUAUGCUAUAAUGGAAUAUGUUGAAAGUUGUCGAAUUAUUUUCAAUUCUAUGAAAAUUUUAUCGAAGUUAAAGAAAAUGAGGAUUUUUUAAAUAUAGAAAGGAACAAUCAUGUAUUCAUGAUACGUAGAAACGUUAACGGAAUAUUUGUGUUCAUUAGAACAAAAGAUUCUGUCAAUAAAUACAUUUAUACCGAACAUAUAUACAUUUUUUCCGAAAAUAAAAUUGAUAUUUAAGAUAGUGUUCAUCAAAUUGUAAAAAUAUUAAAAACUCUGACGUUUAGGCAUA